AUGGCAGCUUUGUUCCUCAUGUUCGUCUUAUCCAGCUGGCGAGCGGGCAGUGUCUUGGAUGUCUUCUUCCAGCCGGCCCACUUGCUGCGGCCCAAAAACUACUCCAGGUUCGGAUUGGGAGAGAAUCAGCGCUCCAGCCGCAUGUUCUUUUCUUUUUCCGUGGCGAUUCGCUUGGGCUGUGCAGCUAUGCUGGGAGGCCUGUUUCUCGACUUUGUGUUUCUCUUUGAUUUUGAGGGAUAUUAUGGAUGUCGAGCCAAUAACUAUCCCUGGGCCGAGUAUGACGACAUCCAGCUGCAGUCUGAUCUCCACGUGUGUUCCGUGGAAUCCAAUCCAUGGUGUCCAGCCAUCCGCCAGUUCGAGCACUGCCACGAUCCGGACCUGUGGUCAUCUCAGCUCCGAGGACGCAUUUGGAAUGACUUGGGCUUGGAGUGCGGCACUCAAAGAAGCCAAGAUGUGGCCUCAAUCAUGCAGAAUGUUUCCUUCCAUGGCUCUCAUUGUAUGAGUCUCAAUGGUACGCAGCUGGAGUGUCACACUGAGUCGUCGGUGCUACGGCCAGAGAAUCUCAUCGUCUGGACCGAGCAAAAGAGUUCUUUGAAAGUUUGUGGCUCAUGGCCCCAGGUGCAUUUUUCCUACGAAUGUCAGAUGGUUCUAAGUGACAUCAGCUAUUGCCAGAGCAGUGCUGGAACGCCCAAAACGACUUGGGAGUCCGUUUUAUUCGAGUUCUGCGAGGUUCAUGGCCGCAUGACAACCUUGCCGGAAUGGCUGGCAGUCGUGUUGAACGACGAUGAGAAGUUUUAUGUUUGUCAAUGCCAGCACUGCGCGCCAUGGUACAGGUCCAACGGAUGCGUCGUCGAGGCGGUGGAUAUGGCCAUGCGCCGCGCCGGAGGGAGACCGCAGUUGAACGAUCUGCUGGCCGAAGAUCUGUGGUUCGCCAGCUUCAUGAACGAUCCGAUCUUUUGCCUUCAAUUCGCCUUAAUGGCUGUGGCGGUCUUUGGCCCCUUCUGGUGGCUGGUGUUCUUCAGCCUCUUCGGCUGCUGCCUUGGAAAUCCGUUGGCCGUGCCAGCGGAUGUGGAACUUCAAGAAGGGGUGCGAACCGAAGAAUUGGUCCUCCAAGCGGAGCUCGCAUCCAAUGGCUACAUCGAGGCAUGGUGCUUGAAUCGCCUGGGAAUCAUCGUGGAUCUCGGCUUUUGCGUGGCCGACUUCGUGGUCGACAUCAAGAUGAUCGUCCUAUACUACCAAAGCUAUCACUACGGCUUUGCAGUCAUCCAAAUCUGCUUGCUUCUUCGCUUCGUCCUGGAACAGCUGCUCCGGCGGGGGCUCUUCCACCCAAUCCGGGAGGCCGUCCACUCAUUGAAGGCCAAUCUGCGAACAGACCAUGUGUUAUCCCUGGUGCAGAGUGAGAAGAGUGGAGAAGCCACCCUGGCAUACAUGUUGCGGAUCUACACCCUCUUUUACAUGGGCGAACAAUAUAGCGGCUAUUGGACUGCCUUCAUUUCCCUGCUGAUUAGUGUGCGAGGUCUCACGCAAGGAUGUUACAUUCACUUUGACCUGGCCUUCAUCUCUUCCGAAGACUUGCCACCCAUCGAUGAUCCAGCCACCUCCGUCGUCCCGACUACAGCUGAGCCGGACCGGAGCUCGUCCGUCGACAGGACCCGUCUGCAGACGGGAAGAGAGAGCAAAUCCUUCUUCAAAGCGCCGCAAAGCUCUUCGUCUCAUGGCCUUGGCGUGAGAGGGACCAUUGCAGGUGACAGACUCCAUUCGGUUCUUGCAGAGGUCAGAAAGGGUGAUGGCGACGGCGAGAACCAAGGAGCGGAAGCAGUGGAGGGGGCGACGGCCGAAGGCAACCGCCCAACCUUUGAAGCAAGUACAUCAUUCGGCCCAACUCAGCCUUCAAGGGAUGCUUCGGCUUGUGGCCAGCGAACGGAAGGGGGAAGGGAGGCGGUUGCUGAAGAACCGCCUUUGCCCAAAGAACUGGAGAGGAUGGCAGACCCUGAGGCACCCGACGGAUUGCCUGAGGAACUUUCAGUUGAGCUCCCUGGCGAGAUUCAUGAAGAUAGGCCAGUGGGGGAGAACCCUAGGGCACCACCAAUUGUGCCAACACUUUUUGGGGCCGAGCAGGCGUGA